CGUGCGCAUUCUGGGCCUGCGAUUGCGCCCAUACGGCGACGAGGACAGCGCAACAGUGUCCAAACCUGGAUGCCCUGCGUUUAAUGAGUCUCCAGUGUUCAUUGCAACGGCGCGCGCUUGCGACAGAUCUGGGUGUGUUGUCGUAUUACUAUAAUAUCCUCUGUAAUUGGAAGCGCUGUUGCCUAGGCAACUCGGCAUUCUGGCCACGCUGAUUCGGCCGAUAAUGGGGCGUCUAAUCAUCGGUCUGAUGAGCUCGACGCUUCUCCGUAACAAGAACUUUCGUCAAUUGACCUGCCCUUGCAGUCGCCUGCGGCCCCGGUCAGUCUCGGUGCUUCUGAAGUCGCGUCCGGCGCGGGGGUGGACGCAGGCUUGCGAUGCAAACAGUUGCUCCUCUAGGCAUGCCCUGAUCGCUGCAGCGCAGAUGGGUCUGGAGAAGGCUCGGAUAAUGAGCCUUACUCACUGGCUGCGUGGCCCUGCCAGCGCGCACCAGCUCACGCAGGGAAGCAAGAAACGGGGCCGCGACUGCACUAGAAGCGAAAAUUAUAAAAAAACGCUCAUCGCGUGGGGAGUCCUCGUUGAGGCUCUGCGGAAUUGCUCUCUCGUGCGAGCAGCAACGGAGGUCGAAAAUGCCUCGUCAGCGCAUCUUGCGACCAGACGCGCCUGCGAGCGAGCAGUCAGCCAGCUGCAGCGCGUCUUCGAGCCCUGCUCCCCAAAGCUUGCGCUCUUGGCUGCAGAAGCUUGGUGCAUGGGGGGGCCGGAGGCUGAUGCCAGUCUGAUGCGCCUUACUGCUCGUGGCGUCGUGCAGUUCGAGGCAGCGAUGGUGGAGGUGCUGGCUGCUUGCUCCCAACGUCAUAAAGCAGGAUCCCUGCUGGCGUUGCACACAGUCUCGUGCUAUCCCACACGCUUAAUUUCUCCUGCCGCUCAGCGUCGCGCUAUGGAACUGGGACCCAGAUCGCGAUGGGAGAGUGGGUGUUCUAGUGGUUGCGGUGGGCCUUGAACCGCAGCGAACACCACCACAGCGAAUAUUGGAAAAUUGAUUAUUGCGCGCGGUGAAAGGCAUGCCAGCACAACCUGGCUUGUAACCACUCUCGCCGCACCCAGGCGCACUGAUGCAGCCCGGCGGCGGACGCGGAUAGGCACUCGCUGCAUGGGGGAAAGGCCGCAAAUCGCCUGGAGCACGGACCGCAAAUGACAUAGCGUGUGCGCGAUUUAUUGUAGCUCUUUCGGUUUGUUGUGAGCGGCACGUUGGUACGUGCUCCCUCAACCUUGGACUGC